CGAGACGAGGCUCCAGAACCCGCUUACCCAUUGUGCUGCCGCUCGAAGCACGGAAGCAGGCGGCAAGCAGCCAUUGGGCAGUCGCCGCCCAUGCCUGCGGCGCCGGGGACCGGCUCCGGCUGCCUGGGGUCGCCGGCGCGGGCCCCCUCGGGCUCGCCCGCUGGGGUUCAAGGCGCCCCGCGGCGGCUGGGCAUAUCGAAGCCGUCGUGGAUCGUCCGCACUGAGUCAAACGUGAGGAGGGAGAGGCCAAAGCGACCAGAUCCUCCUUGCACCAUCUGCAAAGGCACAGGGAGAAUAGAUUGCCGAAACUGUUUCGGCCGAGGCAGAACUAACCAUGCUGAGCUUGUCAUGCUUCCGAAGGGCGAGUGGCCACACUGGUGUCGAAUAUGUGGUGGCAGUGGACUAGACUACUGCUUCCGGUGUCACGGAACAGGUGAAUAUCGAGAACCGAUGGGCUUCCACUUCACGGUUAAAAGCAAAUGAGCUCCGCGUCCGCAACUCCAACUGACCAGUCGGGUAAAAAACGCAUCAAUAGAAGAGGAGGUCAUGUAACUGUUAUGCUAUGAUGUGCAGUUGUACUGUGCCAGUCAGGGGACAUUGUAUUGUACUCCUAGUAGUCAGAAGUCACCCAGUAUAUGAUCUCACUCUGUGACUCUUGUGCUUCACGAAGAGAAUAUUGUAAUCGAAAAUCAUGAGCACGCAAGGACGAGGCAUUGCGCACUGUGCAUUGGUA